AUGGCCAAUGCGAACGAUGAGCUCGGCGCUCUGCUCGCCUCCCCUUCCCCCGGCGAUCGGUGGCUCUGCUCUUGCUCGGCGGCUCCCCGGCCUGCGCCAACGCCGCCGCGCGCCUGCGCAGUGCGCGCAAAGAUGGCGGCCGCGCCUGGAGGUCUGCAGGAGGAGGCGCUGAGGCGAAAGGAGCGGCUCAAGGCCUUGCGGGAGCGCACCGGGGCGGCGGCCCGGCAGAAUAAAGACGAUGGUGCACCAGAGGUCAAGCAGUUCAGAAGCGACAACGCAGAGGAAGAGACAGGAAAGCAUAAGGAGCUCAAGUUGCGGAAUUACGCUCCGGAAGACGACGAGCUCAAGGGACGGGUGGUGCCUCAAGCCAAGCCUACUUCAGUGGAAGACAAGGUGAAAGACCAGCUGGAGGCAGCCAAGCCUGAGCCUAUCAUUGAAGAAGUGGAUUUGGCAAAUCUCGCACCCAGAAAACCUGACUGGGACUUGAAGCGAGAUGUAGCCAAGAAACUGGAGAAGCUGGAGAAGCGCACGCAAAGGGCCAUUGCUGAGCUCAUCCGAGAGAGGUUAAAGGGCCAAGAGGAGAACCUGGCAUCGGCGGUUGACUCAGCCCAACAGGAUGGAAGCGAUUCAGACUGAAGCGGCUUCUCGCGAAGCGGAUCCCCUUGGUCCGACCCUGCAAGGCAAGGUUUGCCCGAGGUGGUCUGUUAGGAAGAUUCCUUAACCUUCUUUCGGAUGCCGGACUGUGGUGGAACAAGGGGCCCAAAUGUAUUUGACGCCAAUCUGCAAAGCGCAAGGGUGCAAGCGAAGGUGUUCUGUGCCUUCUCUGGGCAGGUGUUAUGGGGGGUGUUACUAGUACUCUGGAAGCUUCUUGGAGAGCUGUUGUCGUGGAGGAAAGAACAGGGAGCAUGGAAAAAGGACGAGGCUGCGGAAGUGACCCAUCAUCUCUUACAGGCAGAUAGUUUUUAGGACCCCAAAGCAAAGGAAAAGUGAGCAGAACAAUAUCCAAAGAGAACCCAAGUAUAAAAUCCUUUUAAGGACAUGCCCCUAAUACAGCUCUCUCCCCCCCCCCCCAUGGUGUCCUCCAGAUGUGUUGGUCAGCAAGUCCUGUCAUGGGCCAUACUAGCUGGGAAUGUUGGGAGUUGGAGUCCAAGACAUCUGGAGGACCUCAGCUUGGAGAAGGCUGCCCUAAUGUGAGAUACCGCAACGUGGAUGAGAGACGGCCCCUGAAACAAUCCCACGUGUAUCUGCGUGUCUGCAAGUGCCAACGUAGAACUGACUGUCAUCAGCACUCAAAAGAGCGAUAGGAUCUGCAAUAAAUAAAUAAAUCCUUGGAUCCUCUUCUGGGAAAAUUCUAACCUGUCUGCUGUACUCCUUCAAGUGUUCCUGCAUGUCGAGAAGUUGGAUGUGCAUCGGUUAUCCAUGUAUGCCGCCGUGGGGGUGGGCGACCUCUUUUGGUCCGGGGCCCAGAUUGCCCCCUGGAUCAAGUCUCUUCCCCAAAGUCCCUCCCUUCUCUUCCCAUGACAUCAUCAGCACUGCCCCCACCCAUUUCCCCCUCCCCCCCAUGCAGAGAGAGCCGCUGAGCUCCGUGUCUCUUUGCACAGGGAACGACGCGGCGGAAUUGGCAAACUCCUUCCUGCUUCUUUAUAUCUUGCUCAGAACACAAGCGGUGCAGGAAGGGACUCAGCCGAAACUUUCAGGAGCCAGCUCCUGCAAGCUCCAGCCAAGUGGUGCGGGGAAUGCCCAGUUUUUUUUUAAUCUCCACCCCUGUGCUUUUAAAAACACACACACUCUAAUUUGGUGGCUAUGAAGUGUGGUGUUGCAGGAGACAUUCCCAGGUGCAGCAUAGGAGGCUCUACCAAGUUUGGGCAGAAAGCAUCGGGUGGAUUUAGUUGACAAUCUUGGCAUCUCUUGAAUCCAUUUCCUUGCCAAUGAUGUCAUGCCUCAGGGAGAAAUGGGAGGCUGAUUUCCAGUAGGAGUGUUGGGACACGCCAGACCGGCAACAUUCCUUUGAAAACCUUAUCCAGGACUUGAGGUCAUCCCCGGAGUCCAGCCUCCUCGCAGGAGUCACUGGAACGAAGUUGGCCUUUUUGGCUUCCAGGUGGACCAAGAGCCACCAUUCUGUAAGCAGUGUGUGCGGUUGUAAACCCCUCGCUCUUCUGUUCUCAGCUUUCUACCCCCAUAACAAAUUGUCCUGGUUACAACUGGCUUGUGAAAGAACUCGUCAUUUGAGGGGUGAUGUCACUUUAUGUUAAAGUCUGGGUACCCCUAGACCAGUUCUGAGCAGGCCGGACACGGAGGAAGCCCGCGGGGAUGUCUCCUGUAAUAGUUUAGCCGGUAGGCAGUUGUAUGUGGGUUGCUAACAGUGACCUCUUUUGCAUUCUAGCCAGAGGUGUUAAUUUGCACCCUUUUCGCUUUCCGUAUAUGUCCAGAGCUCUCUCCCCUCUGCCCCUUGAAAAAUGUACGCCACCCAAUUUUGUUCUUUAAUCAAAUUGUGCUGGGUUGUAUGGAUUUAUUUUUUUUAUAAUAAAAUGUUCCAGAAGUGA